CAGAAUGAAAAGAAAGACGCGCCCGUGAGCACACGUCAAUGGCUGACCACAUCGACCCUUAUAUUUAACAGAGUCAAAAUGGCGGCCCUACGAAUUUUUGCACGUACCGUGCUUUCCACGUGUCGGCAAUAUUCGAGGAGAAUUGACGGGGUAUUAUCGCCGGGGGAGGACUUGGGGUUGAGAGUCGCGAAACGAUGGGCCAGUUUCAAAACCUCCCCCGUAUACAAUGAGGAGACAAAAUACACAGAUUUUGAGGUCUCCAGUGAUCCAAAGGAAUGGGCGUUUGUAGAACGUUGUUUAAAAGCGACUUAUAUACCUAGUCCUCCUAAAGAAGUGCAUGAUUUGCCCUCUGGAUGGAAACCCCAACGAGAGGAAGCAAAAUCACUUCCUUACUACAUAGAACGCACGAAAAAUCAUCAACAACCAGUUUAUCUGGUGAGAAGUAAGCGAGGAUUGAGAAGACUCACAAACGUUCGGAAAAUCCAAGGAAACAUCAUCGCUUUGCAUGCGGAACUUAAGCAAUAUCUGUUUGAAGCAACCAAUCGUCCGAUUGGGUCUCAAAUCCUGGAGCCCAGUGGUGUCAUAAAAUUCAGGGGUGAUUAUGUCUCCCUCAUCAAAGAAUGGCUCACCAAGAAAGGAUUUUGAACAAGUGAAAGAAAACUCCAAAGAACUGCUCAUAGAACAAUCCCAAUCUUUAUUCUAAAAUAUUUCAAAAUUCAUAAGAUGUUGUCAACAAAAAUGUUGAGAAACUUGUAAGUUCCAAGAAAAAUUUAAUACAAAAAACUAUUUUCUUGUAUUUUCUAAAUCCUUCUUUUCCAUUACUUUCAUAAAUCUAUUAGUAAGAAUUUAGAUUCAUCGAUUGUAUAGAUAAAUGAAUAAUAAACACCUUCUCUUGUUUGAAUUUUCAUUUUUAAUUAAAAUAACAAUCCAACGUUUAGCAAUAAAAAUGGUAAGGGGGAAGAAGGGCAAGGAGAAGAGCAGUUCAUAAUCGAUAAAAAUGAAUGAUUUGAUGGUAUUAUUUUUCAAUGUUUAUUUUGCGUUGAAUAAAGUUCUGUCCCUCUUAUUGUAAAGCGUA